AUGAUAUCGCCACCACCGACGCCUGAUUUGCCUGAUCAGCCAAAGCUGCAGUCAAUGGUGCACGAUUUAGAAGAACAGCAAGCGACUCAGAAUCAUAAUCAACAAGAUCAACAGCAACAGCAAGAGGUGUUACAGCAAGAGGAACAAGAAGAACAGCAAGCGACUCAGAAUCAGAAUCAGCAAGAUCAAGAACAACAGCAAGAGGUGUUACAGCAAGAGGAACAGCAAGAGGAACAAGAACAGCAAGAGGAACAGCAAGAGGAACAGCAAGAGGACAAAAGGCAACAAUACCAACCAUACCUCCAACAGCCCCAGCACCAGGGGUCUCCCAACCUCAACGGCCCUAACCACGAGGAUGAGUACAUCCCCCGCUGCCUCCCACUGCCUUACCUCGACACCUCCGCUCCAUCCACCCGCCCUUCCCCGAAACGCUCUACUAAGCCCGUGAGAUUUUAUGCAGCGCUCCAACUCGGCAACCCGGGUUCCGCAUCCACCUCCGCGCCGCCAUCGCCCAGCCUCAUUUCUCAAACCCCCUUCAUGGGCUACUAUGCCUAUUGUCGAGGAUCUUCUGUCUCCCUAUCAUUCCCAGAUCACUACAGCGCCAGCACAUUUUCCACUUCUCUACCGCACAGCUCGAUGACAGGCAGACCCGCCUCAAUAGCUGCUGUUUCAACACUGACUUUAACCUCAAUGUCCUCAGAAGUCGCGUUUCCUAGGCCGCUUGAAAGGAUCAGUCAGUCCCAGUCCCCGACCCCGAUCAAGCCUACAAAAUAUCGAAUGUUCUUAAGGGGAAUGUCAUUUUCUUCGCGGAAGAAGGGAAACAUGCGGCAGUCGAUGCUUAGUCAACCUCUUGGAGGAGGUAGGGAUAGGGUUGCUGCUGUUGCCGAUGGCGCAGGGGGGCAGAAGGAGACGAGAUGGUCUCGGUCAGGUUUACGGAUAUUAGGGAGGUUGGUGAGGAGGGAGAAACAAUGA